GAGGAGCGGGAGGAAGAGGAGGGACAAAGGCGGAUCGCGGCUGAGCGGACGGAUCCACGAUCUGGAGCCCAGGCUGAAUUCGCAGCCCCCACCUGUGGGAUCAUCUCCCCCCGCAUCGCGCCGAGCGGGAGCGGAGCAUGGAGAGCAGGGAGGACAAAUGCCCGCGGCAGGAGCUGGUGGCAGAGGCCGUUUUGAGCGGCUCCACGGCGCAGGAAGGCAACGGGGAGGAAAAGGCGCGGAGAUGCCGCUCGAGGAGGGGCUGCAAACGCAGCCGGCGGGGAUGUGAGGGGGAAAGAGCCGGCCUGGGCCGGGAAGGCGGCCGGAGACGGAGGCAGAGCUCGGAGCUGGUGCUCCGUGAGCAGCUCCGUGAUGGGGAGAAGCCCCACACGUGCGGGGAGUGUGGGAAGAGCUUCAGGUGGAAGUGCGAACUGAUCGUGCACCAGAGGAUUCACACUGGAGAGAGGCCCUAUGAGUGUGGGGAGUGUGGGAAGAGCUUUAGCAGGAACUCUGUACUAAUCACGCACCAGAGGAUCCACACUGGGGAGAGGCCCUUUGAGUGUGAGCCGUGUGGGAAGAGCUUCAGCCAGCGCUGCAAUCUGCUCAGGCACCAGAGGACCCAUCCUGGGGAGGUGCCCUACGAGUGUGGGGAGUGUGGGAAGAGCUUCACCCAGAGCUCCAGCCUGAUCCAGCACCAGAGGUCCCACAUUCGGGUGAAGUCUAACGAGUGUGGGGAGUGUGGGCAGAGCUUCCGAUGGAGGUCGGACCUGAUCAGGCACCAAAGGACCCACAAUGGGGAACGGCCCUACGUGUGUGGGGAGUGUGGGAAGAGCUUCACAUUGAGCUCCGGCCUGAUCCAGCACCAGAGGAUCCACACUGGGGAAAGGCCUUUCGAGUGUUCCGAGUGUGGGAUGCGCUUCAGCCACAGCUCCGCCCGGAAGAAGCACCAGAGGAGCCACACAGGGGAGAGGCCCUUCGAGUGUGACAAAUGCAGGAAGAGGUUUCACACCCGCGCCCAUCUCUUCUGCCACUUUCAGACUCACACAGAGGAGAGACCCUUCCAGUGCCCUGAGUGUGGGAAGGGAUUCAGGCAGAACUCCACCCUCGUCACCCACCGGCGCAUCCACACUGGGGAGAGGCCCUACGAGUGUCCCCAGUGUGGGAAGAGCUUCUCAGACAGCUCUAACUUGACCCAACACAAACUUAGACACCACUAAGGGAAGCCCUGUGAGUGCCCCGAGUGCAGGCAGAGCUUCGUGCGCUGCUCCAGCUCCAUCCCCCACUGGAGGAGGCACUGUGGGCACAGCCCUGGUCACUCACUUUCUCUGUGAUUCAGGUUGGGAACAGACAUGGAGGCUUCAAAUUUUAGUUUGGCCUUAAUAUUUCUUCUUUCUCCAUCUCUUUGCACUCCAGAAUCUACGAGGGAUGGAUCUGUCACCUCAAAACCACUCAAUUCCCACAUAAUACAUCUCGAUCUUACAACAAAACUGCUCAAUCGCAACUCAAAAAUGUCAAUGUCUUAAAAAACUCACUCGAUUCUCAGCCACCUGAGUAAGACUGGGCUGGAAGGAGACUGGGAGAAGCGUGACCUCAGUUAGGGUGGUGGGAUGGGGAUUAUCUUGGGCUGGGUGUGUGGGAUGUCUUUGAUACGAAAUAAAACUCUCAGAGUUAC